UUUGUUAGUCGAUUGGAAAUCCCAUUCGGAAUAAGACGCAGGAAUUCUCACCUUCCCAAUUUUUUUGUGAUCUCAAUUUGGAAGCUUUGAAAAUUUGAGAAUGUGGAAGUUUUUAAUAAUUACUAUUAUCGCUUUGAAUUUAUUCCAUUGUUGUAAUGGGUACAGUGGUGGUGCACCCGACUCGAGAUGCGGCACCAUGGUUCCAGGUCAUUGGGUGAGCCCGCAAACGACGCCGUCCCCCUUUCACAUCCUGCUGAGCAGUGAUUCCGUCCAAGAAGGCGACAGCUUGACGAUCAAUCUGACAUCCUCCAAGAAUCAGCAAGGAUUUAAAGGAUUCCUUAUUCAAGUAAAACGCCCAGGUGAACAAGAUGCCAAGAAUUUCGGAACUUUUGACACCAUCGGAUCCGACAAUUUCCAAAGUCAACCUGUCAACUGUUUCGGGCAUGAAAAUAGUGCCAUGACUCAUAAAGAUCCAGUUGAGAAACACUUUGUCAAUUUGGUUUGGAUUGCUCCGAUUGUGGAAAAUGGGGACGAUGGCGUUUAUGAAGUCAGGGUAACGUUUGUACAAAAUUUUUGGACAAUUUGGCCGAAUCAAACGCCAGAGAAGUUGAUACGAGUAACGAGAAAAAAACGAGACAUGAUGACUCCAAUUAAUACACCUGACAAAACUGAAAAUGGCAUCAAUACCACGUCCACGUCUACGUCCCCUCCAUCCCCAGUUUCCAUAUUCGUUAUUCCCCAACUUCGCGACGCGGAUGCCCAGCCGACUGUAAAAAACACGAGCGCAAAUAACUAUAAUAAUUUGCAAGGAAGCUGGGAUUACUUUAAAAAGUCUUGGAUGAGUUUUUUGAAUUAUUUCGGAUUUUGAAAAUUGGAUUCUUGAAUUGAUUGCAUCUACGACUGGGACAUAGACUAAUAAAGUUAUUAAUCUAUUUGUACUUAUUGAUAAAAAUGUCGAUAAGUCAACUGGGUCCAUGCAUAAUGAUGACUCAUAAAUAAAUAGUCGUAAUACUUUCUGUGUACAUACUCUGACAACGCAAAUAAAAGAAACC